UCGGAAGUCACAAAAUCUUAUUCGAAUAUCAAUAGUAAAAGCUUCCCUCUGAUCAAGUGCAAGCCAUGUUCUAAAGAAAAGAAAGAAGCACAAAAUUUGUAAGUUCAAAGGUUUUUUCAGUAGGGUUAUUUCUUAUCCAUUGAGAUUGGUGUAACUCUUCUUUCUGUGUUUUUAGGUUCUUGCUGAUUUUCAUCUAUAGUAUGGAGCCAUCACGGGACACUAUUAUCGAAGCAAAAGAAGAACUCAUGGUUUCACCAUUAUCUGGUGAAAACCCAAUUCGCAGAACUGCUUACUUUAUCAAUCCCUUCAUGAAAGGCUCAACAAGUCUUCCUCGUUACAUGUUCUCUUUUAGAAAAACAGCCAUUAUUGAUUCCAACCACGCAAAACUACCAUUGGAAGUGAUAUAUAGCGGAUGGCAUCGUCCAAAUCGAGAAUGGAAUACAUGGGUUCAACAGAUGCAACAAAAGUAUGAAUAUAUGUGGAUAAAGGCUAGGAUAGACCAGGCUAUCAAAGCUUCUACUUUUCUUAUCCAUAUAAAUGAUGAGUUGAUUCUUGAGCUUGCACAAAGGUGGUGUUCAAAGACUAACAUGUUUGUGUUUCCACGGGGAGAAGUAACUAUUACCCUGGAGGACCUGAAUGUUUGUUGGGGUUACUCUAUCAUGGGAGUGCCUUUCUCUAGAUGUCUUGUGGGUGAUGAUGAAAAGGAAGUAGAACAAGAGUUGAUUACUGUGUUUAGGAUGUUUGUCAAAACGAAGGCCAAAAGGGGAGAUCAUAAUCCAUGGAUGAAGUAUUUCAUAUAAGUCAUGAGAGCCAUGUGGAAAAUGAGGCAUUCUUGUCUUUGUGGUUGUCGAGGCUUGUUUUCCCUAGUAGAUCAAUUAAUACAAAUUUGAAAAGUGUUUUUCUUAUUGCUAUAUAGUUAGCAAGAGGGACUCUAGAUCUUGCAC